AUGUCUACCAAGACGUUCGUCCCACUGCCCACGUUGGAUCACGACAUGUCCAUCAUCUACCCGCCCUCCCAUGCACACGGCACUUUCAUCCCACUCCCCACCUUGGACCACGACAUGUCCGUCAUCUACCCAGACCACUCAGUCUCUCGGGCUGAGCAAGCAACAACGAGGGAAGUAGAAGAGGAAGUAUCUCCCCCACUCUCCCCAACUAACAAUCUCCCAGCCCCAUCCCCCAUCCCCCCUCUCAUCACCCUUCACCAACAACCAAACACCGACCCUCAUCUCCCCAUCCUCCAAGCCAUCCGACUCGACGCCGUCGCCAUGGCCCUCCUCCUCCCAGCAGGAACCUUUCCUUCCGACGCCGAAAUCGCCGAAAUCACGGGAUAUCGAGUGGCACUUGCAUCAUCAUCCUCUUCGACCGAGGUGCCCUUGCCAUCGCCAUUGCGUCGUUCGACCUGCCCAUUCCCGAUUCCCAAUCCCAACCCCAUUUCGACUGAGACACGCAGCCGCAGCCGUAGUAUCUCAGCACUACCGCAGCCGCAACUCUCUCUCCCUAGUCCUUCUCGUCCUCCCCGCCGCUUUCGAGGGAAGUUGAAUAAGGUUGGCGAGAGGAUUCGGGCGAUUGGGAAGAGGGAGAGGGAGAGGGAGAGGGAGAGGGAGAGGGAGUGGGAGAGGAGAGGGAGAGAGAAAGAAGGUAGGUCGUCCUCUUUAUUGAUUUUACAAUGCCGCCCGUCCGUCCACUCGUUCGUAGCUACAAAUACAAAUGCUUAG